CGUUUCCGGAAUUCGUCCAAAGCAUUCCCUUAUUUGUUUAGAACAUUAGAAUUCAUCAUGGCAGAAAAAAGAGAGUCGGGUAGAGUUAAAGAAAUUCAGCAAAAAAGAGUCCUUGAUGAUGCUGCCCGUAGAAGAAGACAAAGAAAAGCAUUGGAGGCACUGGAGUCUGAUAACUUUCAAGAUGAUCCACAUGCUGAUUUGAAAAUGAGCAAAAAAGCUCCAAAGUUUGAAGAGUCAAUGGAGGCAGUCCAACAACAGGGAUCAGGUACCAAAAGACAAAGGAAAAGUAGGAGUGACCAUUUCAAAUUUAGAUACAAGAAAAGUUUUGCCGCUCUUUUAGAAGAAGAUCAAAGAUUUGAAAAAGAAGGACCUUCAUAUCUAUCUGCACAAAUUCCAGCAUCCAGAUUUCCGGAGAGACACUUUUGUGCAGUCUGUGGAUUUACCUCCAAUUACACAUGUGUACAGUGUGGUGCAAGGUACUGUUGUGUGAGAUGUUUGGGAACACAUCAAGAUACAAGGUGUUUGAAGUGGACAGCUUGAGGAGUGAUUUGGGAACUACAUGUAUGUGAAGAAUAUUCCUGAUAGAUAUGAUGAAAAGCUGAGGAUCAAAUUAGUAAGAGUCAAGCACUGUAAAGGAUGCAUCUGGCCAAGCAACAUUCAUGGGUUGAAAUAUUAUUUGUGACUAGAUGU